GGUGUUCUACUGUAUUCGGCAAUCUCAUCACAACAAAGUGAUAAAACCGUCUCGAGAAAAUGACUGCUCCAAUCAUAAACUUGAUAAUUCUGUGCUUUGUGAUUAAAGGAGGAUCUGCUCUUUGGGAGGAAAUAGCGGGCCCAUAUGACAUCAGAUUAAGUUAUGCCUCAAAUUGUGAUAAAAGAGGAAAAAUAAAUCUCUUUGAGCCCAUGAAAGUGAGAAAGUUGAAUCGAACUCAUUUUGUAUACAGUGGUAUCUUAGAUACAGGAGCACCCAUAGAUGAUAACUUGAAGGUGAGAAUAGUAUCAUCGAACAAAGGCACAAACGGACGUUACAACAAUGUUAUUGAUAUUGAAAUGAAAGCCUGCGAGAUGGCUAGGAAAUUUGGCAUGGAAAUCAUUGCAAGUAUAUUCGACCAUUGCAAUCAAACAUUGCAAUUCUAUUGUCCUAUGGAGAGAUUCACUUGUGUGAUGAAAAACUGGACUGUGAAUUACAACUUCAACAAUGUACCUGCUCUUCCUUACGGUGAAUACAGAUUGGAGGCGUCGGCCAUUAGGAUGCAUGAAAAUAAUAGAAGAGAGCUGAUAUCAUGUACAAGAAUGUAUGGAUUAGUUACUCCAAUAAUUCCUAAACCUCAAAAGAAAACUCAGCACAGUGAUCGCAUCACGAAUGCUUCAUCACUUAUUACACAAUAAGAUUCACUGUUUCUUAAUAAAAUUAAUUUCAUUUUUAAAUUUAAAUGUUCUCUGGUUUGUAUGUGUUCACAAUUUUAAAAUAAUAAGUUUGGCAAAUAGUUC